CCCCGCCGGCGCCGCGGGACUUGGCCGCGCGGCAGGCGGCAUUGGCGGCUUCGGUCUGAGGGGCGCCUAAGGGGCGCCGGGCGGACGCCAUGAAGUUGCUGCUGCUGGCGCUGUUGCUGCUGCUACUCCGGCCGGGCGAGGCGGGCGCCCAGCCCUGCCCGCCGCCCUGCGCCUGCUCCGGCCCCAGCGUGGACUGCCACGGGCUGGCGCUGCGCAGCGUACCCCGGAACCUGCCCCGCCACGCCGAGCGGCUGGAUCUUAAUGGAAAUAAUAUCACAAGGAUCACAAGAACGGAUUUUGCUGGUCUGAGGCAUCUUCGUGUUCUUCAACUCAUGGAAAACAAGAUUACUACAAUUGAGAGAGGAGCAUUUCAAGACUUAAAAGAGUUGGAGAGACUGAGGCUAAACAGAAAUAAUCUUCAACUUCUCUCCGAGCUGCUGUUCCUCGGGACGCCCAAACUCUACAGACUGGACCUCAGUGAAAACCAGAUACACGCCAUCCCAAGGAAGGCUUUCCGUGGAGCUGUUGACAUUAAAAAUCUGCAACUGGAUUUCAACCAGAUCAGCUGCAUCGAAGAUGGGGCGUUCCGAGCUCUGCGGGACCUGGAAGUGCUUACUCUCAACAAUAACAACAUCACACGACUCUCAGUGGCAAGUUUCAACCAUAUGCCGAAACUCAGAACUUUCCGCCUUCACUCCAACAAUCUGCAGUGUGAUUGUCACUUGGCUUGGUUAUCUGACUGGCUACGUCAACGACCCCGAGUCGGCCUUUACACUCAGUGUAUGUCCCCACUACACUUACGAGGACAUAACAUAGCUGAGGUUCAGAAACGAGAAUUCAUCUGCAGCGGUCACCAGUCUUUUAUGGCUCCCUCCUGUAGUGUGUUGCACUGCCCCGCUACGUGUACCUGUAGUAACAACAUUGUGGAUUGCCGAGGGAAAGGCCUGACUGAAAUCCCCACCAAUCUUCCGGAAGCCAUUACAGAAAUACGACUGGAGCAAAAUUCAAUCAAGGUCAUUCCACCUGGAGCUUUCUCACCCUAUAAAAAGCUCAGGCGAAUUGAUCUGAGCAACAAUCAAAUCUCUGAGGUAGCCCCAGAUGCUUUCCAGGGACUCCGCUCACUUAAUUCCCUGGUUCUCUAUGGAAACAAAAUCACCGAACUUCCCAAGGGCCUUUUUGAAGGGCUUUUUGCUCUUCAGUUACUAUUAUUGAAUGCGAACAAGAUCAACUGCCUGCGAGUGGACGCUUUCCAAGACUUACAUAAUUUGAACCUUCUCUCUUUGUAUGACAACAAACUUCAGACUAUUGCAAAGGGCACUUUCUCUCCUCUACGAGCAAUUCAAACACUGCACUUGGCUCAGAACCCAUUUAUUUGUGACUGUCAUCUGAAGUGGCUGGCAGAUUAUCUCCAUGUAAACCCCAUUGAGACCAGCGGUGCUCGCUGCUCCAGCCCCCGCCGUUUGGCCAACAAAAGGAUUGGGCAGAUCAAAAGCAAGAAAUUUCGUUGUUCAGGCACAGAAGAUUACCGAUCCAAACUCAGUGGCGAUUGCUUUGCGGACUUAGCUUGCCCUGAAAAAUGCCGCUGUGAAGGCACGACGGUGGAUUGUUCCAAUCAGAAGCUCAGCAAAAUCCCCGAGCAUCUUCCGCAGUACACGGCAGAACUGAGGCUCAAUAACAAUGAAUUUACAGUGCUGGAAGCCACGGGGAUCUUUAAGAAGCUUCCCCAGCUGCGGAAAAUAAAUCUGAGCAAUAACAAGAUUACAGAUAUUGAAGAAGGCGUAUUUGAAGGAGCUGCUGGGGUCAAUGAGCUUUUGCUCACCAGCAACAGGCUGGAGAAUGUGCGGCACAAAAUGUUGAAAGGCCUGGAAAGUCUGAAGACUUUAAUGCUCAGGAGCAACCAAAUUAGCUGUGUGAGCAAUGACAGCUUUACCGGUUUGAGUUCCGUCCGACUGCUCUCCUUAUACGACAAUCAGAUCACCACCGUAGCUCCUGGUGCCUUCGACACCCUUCAUUCUCUCUCCACGCUAAACCUCCUGGCCAACCCCUUCAAUUGCAACUGCCAUUUAGCGUGGUUGGGGGAGUGGUUGCGGAAGAAACGCAUCGUGACGGGCAACCCUCGCUGCCAGAAGCCGUACUUCCUCAAGGAGAUCCCCAUCCAGGAUGUCGCCAUCCAAGAUUUCACCUGUGAAGAUGGGAAUGAUGACAACAGUUGCUCUCCCCUGUCCCGCUGUCCUGCCGAAUGCACGUGCCUAGAUACUGUGGUUCGUUGCAGUAAUAAGGGCCUGAAAGCCUUACCUAAAGGCAUUCCAAAAGAAGUGAGCGAACUCUAUUUAGAUGGAAACCAGUUCACCCUCGUUCCCAAAGAAUUGUCAAACUACAAGCACUUAACUCUGAUAGAUUUAAGCAACAACAGAAUCAGUACUCUUUCAAACCAGAGUUUCAGCAACAUGACGCAGCUACUCACUGUAAUUCUCAGUUACAAUCGGCUCAGAUGUAUUCCAACACGGACUUUUGAUGGCUUGAAAUCACUUAGGCUGCUGUCGUUACAUGGGAAUGACAUCUCUCUUCUUCCUGAAGGUGCUUUUAAUGAUCUUUCCGCAUUAUCUCAUCUAGCGAUUGGAGCCAAUCCCCUCCACUGUGACUGUCACAUGCAGUGGCUCUCGGACUGGGUGAAGUCCGAAUACAAGGAGCCGGGCAUUGCCCGAUGUGCCGGCCCAGGAGAAAUGGCAGACAAACUCCUUCUCACCACUCCCUCCAAAAAGUUCACCUGUCAAGGUCCGAUGGAUGUCAUUGUCCUCGCCAAAUGCAGCCCCUGCUUAUCUAACCCUUGCAAAAACGGUGGGAGUUGCAACAAUGACCCCGUAGAUUUCUACAGUUGUUCCUGUCCUUACGGCUUCAAGGGUCGAGACUGUGAGGUUCCAAUCCACGGCUGUAUCAGCAGCCCGUGUAAAGAAGGGGGGACUUGCCACUUAAAAGAAGACGAAAAGAAUGGUUUUUGGUGUGCCUGUGCCGAUGGAUUUGAAGGUGAAAACUGUGAAGUGAACAUUGAUGAUUGUGAAGAUAACGAUUGUGAAAACAAUGCCACUUGUAUAGAUGGAAUAAACAACUACACUUGCCUUUGUCCUCCAGAAUACACAGGGGAACUGUGUGACGAGAAGCCGGAUUUCUGUGCUCAGGACCUGAAUCCUUGCCAGCACAAUUCAAAGUGCAUUCUGACCCCCAAAGGAUACAAGUAAGCCUUUCCUUUAUUGAAUGUUUGUUCUUCCCGGUUCGGUCUUUCAAAUAGCGGAGUUGAAU